AUGCUUUCUUCUCUUUCUCUUCCUUCUUCUCUCUUCGCCGCCGGAGUUAACACCACCGUAGCUCCACCUCCCCGCCGCGUCAGAUCUAAACCAUUUGUCAUCUCCGCCAGCGCUACUGCCACCGCUGAAGCUCGCUCUACAUGGACGGAACAACCAAGAACUUCGUAUCUGAACAUUAACACGAACACGAACUCUUCUCCUGCAUCGCUCUACGAGAUCCUCGGUAUACAAGCAAGUGCUUCCGUCCAAGAGAUCAAAUCUGCAUACCGUCGACUUGCCAGAGUCUACCACCCUGACGUGGCGGCGAAUCACCGGAAAAAUUCGUCGGCGGACGACUUCAUGAAAAUUCACGCUGCUUACUCCACGCUCUCGGAUCCUGAUAAACGUGCUAAUUAUGAUCGGAGUUUAUUCCGGCGACAACGGCCGUUGUCGAUGAUGUCCGGCUACUCGAGUCGGAAAUGGGAAACGGAUCAGUGUUGGUAG